AUGCUGGCUAGUUCUCUGUCCAAGAGAAUUACCGUAAUAAUCAUCACUACCUUCAUUUUGUAUCUAGUCUUCCGAGAUCAAUUAUGGUCAUUAGAAACUCCCGUUUUUCUCCAAGAGCCCCUCGCUGGCUUCACCAUCAGUACUAGUCAUGCCACCUCAUCAAACGAGCUAGCCAGCCUCAAGCCAACUAACCAAGCCAACUCUACGGAACAAGGAAUCCAAAUCUCGAAUUUUAUUCGCAGGCUGAACGAAGCCGCACCACCAGAACUGAGCCAGCCCGCCGUAUGUGUAGGUCGAACGCUCGGGAUCGAAGAAGUAACCAACGAUACGGAACGACGAGAUGUCACGCCCGUCUCCGACGAACAAGUCCAAGCCGCACGAACCGCGCACGAGAACGUAGUGGAAAUGAUACGAAACUCCUCUCAUAUAGUCCCCUACACGCCCAAAUCCAAAGGCAUCGUAACCGUAGCGGGCGGAAGAUUCACCGGCGCAUUACUCGUGUCCCUGCGCAUGCUUCGAAGAACCAAUUCAACGUUACCCGUGGAAGUCUUCAUGCCGAAUCCAGAGGACUACAAUAAAUAUACUUGUGAAGUGGUAUUGCCCUCUCUGAACGCCCGUUGCGUUAUCAUUCCACAAUACGAGGGCCUCACUAUUGCGAAAUAUCAAUACAAGAUAUUCGCAGUAAUAUUGAGUAGUUUUGAAGACGUGCUAUUUCUAGACGCCGAUAACUUUCCGAUUGUCGAUCCCGUCGAGUGGAUGGAAGCAAGGGGUUUCAAAGACACGGGAUAUGUAUUGUGGCCGGAUUUCUGGUGGGCCACCACCUCCCCCCACUACUUCUCAGUCCUCUCUCUCCCCACGCCCUCGCUCCUCUCCCUCGGCACCACCGAAUCCGGCCAAAUAAUCAUCUCCAAACGCACACACAGCGAAGUUUUACUCCUAGUCCUCUACUACAAUAUUUACGGUCCUUCGUUUUACUACCCCUUACUCACCCAAUGCGACGCCGGCGAAGGCGAUAAGGAAACUUGGUUAUAUGCCGCCAUUGCACUCGCGGUGCCUUACUUCCAAGUACGGGAGAAAAAUGGAAUUAUCGGUCAUAAUUCCCAUGAUGGUUUCCAUAGCGCGAGUAUGUUGCAACAUAAUCCCUCCGAUGAUUAUGCGAUAUUUCUACGGGAAGGGAAAGAUAAGGUUAGGCAUCCGGUGUAUAGGAUAAAUGAGAGUGCGGAAGUGGUGUUUAUGCAUCAUAAUUUGGUGAAGUUAUCACCGGUGGAUAUGAUGGUGUGGAUAAAAGCGAAUAAGGGGAGGAUGUGGGGGGAUAGACAAAGUACGAUGAAUAGGUUUGGAGGGAGGGAUUUGGAAAAUGGUGUUUGGGAGGAAUUGGUGGGGGUGGCGUGUGAGUAUGGUGAUGGACUGGAGGGUUGGAGUAGCGGGGUUUGUGAGGGGUUGAGGGGGCAUUGGGAGGGUGUGCUAGAGAGGGAGGCGGAGGAGGAGGAGGAGAAGGAGAAGGAGAAGGAGAAGGAGAAGGAGAAGGAGGAGGAAGGUAGGAGGGUGGUGGGGGUUGAUGGUCAUGUGGUGGAGAUGCAAAUGAAGCAGGCGUAG